AUGAGCGGGACGGUGCUGGCCGGGACGCCCAUCGCCGUGGAUUUCUGGAGCGUGAGGCGAGCGGGCGGCGCCCGGCUCUUCUUCCUGUCGCACCUGCACUCGGACCACACGGCGGGGCUCUCCAGCACCUGGAGCCGCCCCCUCUACUGCUCCCCGCUCACCGCCCGCCUCCUGCACCGCCGCCUCCAGGUGCCGACGCGCUGGAUCCGGCCGCUGGAGGUUGGUCAGAGCCACGUGGUGGGCGAGGAGGUGACGGUGACGCUGCUCGACUCCAACCACUGCCCCGGCUCCGUCAUGUUCCUCUUCGAGGGUGCCUUUGGCACCAUCCUCUACACAGGGGACUUCCGCUAUGCCAGCGCCAUGCGGGGAGAGCCGGCGCUGCGGGGCCGCCACAUCGACCGCCUCUACCUGGACAACACGCACUGCCACCCGCAGCGGCCCCUGCCCUCGCGGCAGCACGCCACGCGCCAGGCCGCCCGCCUCAUCCGUGCCCACCCGCGACACCACGUCGUUAUCGGUGUGUACAGCCUGGGGAAGGAGGCGCUGCUGGUGGACCUGGCCCGGGAGUUCCGCACCUGGGUGGUGGUGAGCCCCUGGCGCCUGGAGCAGAUGAGGCUGCUGGAGCUGCCCGAUGUCUUCACCGACGAGGAAGGGGCCGGCUGGAUCCGUGCCGUGGAUGUCGCCGAGAUCCGCUGGGAUACCCUCGUCAGCUGGAACAUGCUGCGCCCCACCAUCGCUAUCAUCCCUACCGGCAGGCCCGUGAAGGUCACCCACCCCAACAUCCACCUCAUUCCAUACUCGGACCACUCCUCCUUUUCGGAGCUGUGCGAGUUUGUGGAGUGGCUGAAGCCCUGCUCGGUCAUUCCAAUCGUGAGGGGCGGUGUGUGCCAGGCUUACUUUCAGAACUACCUAAGUUCUGCCCCCCAAGCACUUCCUGACCUCAAAAUGCCGAAGCCCACGCAAGAGUCUGCGCAGCAGCAGAGCAGAGGGAAGGGGCAGGACCCCGCGUGUCUCUUGAAAAGAGCUGCCCGCCGUUCUGCGCCCCGAGGAGUUGUUUAUGAGUCCCCAGAGAAAUACACUGAGGAAUCUGAAGACUCCACGGGUGUUAAGGCUCCUCAGCAGAACAAGUGUGAGUCAGCCUUCUGCUGGAAAGGAGGCUGUGCCUGUCACACGGGCAAGGAGAAGGGGGAGGCAGAGAGUGGAGAACAGCCAGGGGUGGCAGGAGCAGCUGGUGCUGCCAGCCAGACACCUCUCUCUGACCAACACGUCCCAACUGGGUUUGCAGAGCAGUAUUUACUGACUCCCUUAAAUGUCCUAAAGCAGAAUUCCUCACAGAAAUUUGACAGGCUGGUAGAAGACUUCUUUAGGAGGGGAGAAGCAUCCUGAAAAAUGGGAGACUUGACAGCGGUGAUGGAGAGGUCUUACCGCCACAUCCCAUGCUCUGUGCUCAAGUUUUCCACCAGGAAAGAGGAGCUCAGCUAUGGGGCUCUUCUUUCUUUACCUCUUAUUAGAGGACAAGGAGGGAACUGUAACAAAUUAGAUUUUUAUUUUAAUGUAUUUAUUUUUAUAUCUCUGUUUACAUCUGCUGGGUCUCCACACUACACUCGGGCAGUGCGGUCCCGCUGCGUGUGCCUUGUAUCUGCUUCUUGCAGUGACUUACCUGUCUCCUGUGGCAAAAGAUGCUGCCUGGAUCUGAGCAGCAGAGGGUGUGAGCUGCCUGCAGCUGAGGUUACUGGCUGGAAAAAAUAGGAAUUGUCUGGGUUCCUGAGUUCUAGGCUUUCCGGAAUGGGUUACCAGAUUCUCUGCACUCAGGUCUGCACGUCUGAAUUCUGCUUGAGUGCAAAGAGCUUCUGGUAAUGUUCUGCUGGGCCCACCCCACCGCCUUCCCACCCACUGCCCACUCUUGUCCCGUGGUGACAAAUGGGAUGGAAGGUAAUGAAAUGUCUGUUUAGUGGUGUAAAGUGCUUGGGCUGUGCAGCAUUGUUUGGGAGGAUGUGCUGUGGCUGAACACCAGAGGUGGCUGUGUUCUUAGAGGUCAGGCACGGCUGGGGUCCGCGCUGUGACGAGCCAGUGGGUGCCCAGGGUGGAGCCUG